AUCCCAGUGGGUGGGAGCUGGAGGCGGGGCUCCCUGAGGGGCGGGGAAGGACUAGGGUGCGGGGAGGGGGUUGCAGAAGGAGCCGAGCGGCUUCUGCUCAAUGGCGGAAAAGCCGCCAGUGCUCUGACUGCCUCGUUCCCCUAGCAGUUGCGGGGGAGUUUCCUGCCGGCGCGGCUGGAGUCUCUGAUUCUCAGGGUUAGGUGGUUGGAAGAUGCUCCAGAGAGACGAGGCUGCGGCGGAGGAGGUGGCGGCGGCCGAGUCGGCAACGGCGCUGGGGUGGAGAGAAGGCAGCAGCGGCGGCGGCGGCGGCGUGAGGGGCCGGGCGGUGUAAACAGCCCCGGAGGCGGCGGAGGCGGUCGGUGGUCGAGACCCCGAGGGGGAAGCGGCGGCUGAGUCAGGGUCGCGCCUCCGUUGGAAACUUGGGUUGAGUACCGCGGCGGGCGCGAGCGAGGCGCCCUAGACAUCUUCUCCCUCCCUUGCCUCAGAUUUAUUGCUAAACAUGGGUGCAUUUUUGGAUAAACCCAAAACUGAAAAACAUAAUGCUCAUGGUGCUGGGAAUGGUUUACGUUAUGGCCUGAGCAGCAUGCAAGGAUGGAGAGUGGAAAUGGAAGAUGCACACACAGCUGUUGUAGGUAUUCCUCACGGCUUGGAAGACUGGUCAUUUUUUGCAGUUUAUGAUGGUCAUGCUGGAUCCCGAGUGGCAAAUUACUGCUCAACACAUUUAUUAGAACACAUCACUACUAACGAAGACUUUAGGGCAGCUGGAAAAUCAGGAUCUGCUCUUGAGCUUUCAGUGGAAAAUGUUAAGAAUGGUAUCAGAACUGGAUUUUUGAAAAUUGAUGAAUACAUGCGUAACUUUUCAGACCUCAGAAAUGGGAUGGACAGGAGUGGUUCAACUGCAGUGGGAGUUAUGAUUUCACCUAAGCAUAUCUACUUUAUCAACUGUGGUGAUUCACGUGCUGUUCUGUAUAGGAAUGGACAAGUCUGCUUUUCUACCCAGGAUCACAAACCUUGCAAUCCAAGGGAAAAGGAGCGAAUCCAAAAUGCAGGAGGCAGCGUGAUGAUACAGCGUGUUAAUGGUUCAUUAGCAGUGUCUCGUGCUCUGGGGGACUAUGAUUACAAGUGUGUUGAUGGCAAGGGCCCGACAGAACAACUUGUUUCUCCAGAGCCUGAGGUUUAUGAAAUUUUAAGAGCAGAAGAGGAUGAAUUUAUCAUCUUGGCUUGUGAUGGGAUCUGGGAUGUUAUGAGUAAUGAGGAACUCUGUGAAUUUGUUAAAUCUAGGCUUGAGGUAUCUGAUGACCUGGAAAAUGUGUGCAAUUGGGUAGUGGACACUUGUUUACAUAAGGGAAGUCGAGAUAACAUGAGUAUUGUACUAGUUUGCUUUUCAAAUGCUCCCAAGGUCUCAGAUGAAGCGGUGAAAAAAGAUUCAGAGUUGGAUAAGCACUUGGAAUCACGGGUUGAAGAGAUUAUGGAGAAGUCUGGCGAGGAAGGAAUGCCUGAUCUUGCCCAUGUCAUGCGCAUCUUGUCUGCAGAAAAUAUCCCAAAUUUGCCUCCUGGGGGAGGUCUUGCUGGCAAGCGCAAUGUAAUUGAAGCUGUUUAUAGUAGACUGAAUCCACAUAGAGAAAGUGAUGGGGGUGCUGGAGAUCUAGAAGACCCAUGGUAGCCUUAAAAACCUUCUAAAAUGCUUUUGAUUCUGAAAAUUGGGGGAAAAAACUUUUAAUCACAAUUUUCUUCAAUACAAGGGGAAAAUAUUCUUGUGGAUUCCCAACGUUUUGUGAUAUGAGCAGAAAAUCAUUAGCAUUUCCCAUCAUUUGUUCAUAUUUGUGUUUUCUGACAGUUGCCACUUGUAGCAUUGCCUGUACUACAGUAUUUUUUGCCAACCUCAGGCAUACUCAUUACAUCUGUAUUGAACUUUUGGCCCUAGAAACCAGUGGAGUUAUUUCACCACAAAUCAACAAUGUGCCUGAGGUGCAUGGGAAAUAUAGUUAGCUAUACUCUGAAAAUACAUUAUGUUUUUUUCUUUAAACAAAACACACAACAUGUAAGCAUGUAAGAGUAAAGAAUUGUAUGAUAUGUUCCUUUUUUCAGUUCACCAAGUUGGAAGCCUUUUGCAGCUCUGUGGCUUGGAAUUUCAUUUGAGCAAUUUCUAUAGGAUAUGUAUUUAUUAUUGAUUGUUAUUUAAUUUUUUUCCAAUCUUACCUGUAUUACCAAACUGGGUUCUCCAAUAAUGUCCAAAUUGUAAUGUUGCCUUGCUUCAAGAUAAAGUGUAUUUGGGAAUAAUAUUAUAAACCCUUACAAAUUUUAUGCAUGUAUCUACUGCAUCCUUCAACUCUCCCUAGAAAAUCUUUUGAAACCAAAUGGAUUAAUUUAUGGCUAUUUAUAAUUUGCUUUGACAUUUCACUGUUGGAAAUUUUUUAAAGAUGAGAUUUGUCUUUAUAAUGUAAAUUGUGAUUUUUGUUUUACAUGUGGGUUUCUAUAGUUUUAAUUUUUUCAGCUUUUAAGAUACGAGUUUUGUGUAAUUUGGUAUUUUUAAUCAUUUAUGUUAUUUUAAAAGCUCAGAAUAUCACAUUGAAAUUACUAUAAAUACAUUUAAAAUUAUCUAUUUUAGAUCUAAGGAAAUAUUACAGAGAUAUUUUCAUGGGUUCAGUAACCUUUCAUUUUAUAACAUUGGGCACGGUACAGAGUGGCUGUCACAUAAGGUACUUGAAGAUUUAUUAGUUUAAUUCUAUUUUUACAGUAACCUUGAAUUCUUCUGAGUUUUGCAUGUAUUAAAUUCAAUUAAUGCUGAAUAUGAAGAGUAAAGUAUUUAUCUGAAAGAAGUUACUGGGUUAGGAGAAGUAAUGAAUGUAUCCAUUUGUACAUGGUUUACAUGUUGUGGAUGCUUUGUAAACAUUUUCCUAUAUGUUUAAAUUGUGUUUCAGCAGGAUGUAAUUGCCCUUGUGUAUAGUUAAAAUGAGUCAUCAUCUGGUCCUGUGUGAAAUGGAAUUCAUGGUAUUUUCUGUAACAUUUUCCUGAAGCUGUUUCUGGAGAGCCACACGUUUAAAUACAGACAGCUUUCCUGAUCAUUUGAUUUAUUGUGCACCUGAUUUUUGGUUUAAAAGGAAUUAUUGCCACAAUAUAUUUUAUUUAUUCUUUAGAUUUUAGCCUUGUAAGUUAAAGUGCUUUACAUGAUGAUGUGAAAAGCUGUUUGUCCCUUUACUGGGUUUGGGGGGUUGUUAAAAGAUAGGGAAUGAAGAAUGCAAAAUGGUUUAUUGUUCAAACUGUCCACUCUGAUCCAACCCUGUACUGAUAGUACUUUCCAGUAUGAUAUUGUGAUGUUUCAUACAAUGCAGUGAACAUAACCAACUUGUUACCUAAAUAAAGAAUUGAUAAAAACAGUGUGACAUAUUA